AUGGGGAACCCAGCGACCUGCCGGCGCUUCGUCUCAAUACUGCUGCUGCUGGAGCUGCUGCUCCUUCCGGCCAACGGGGAGUCGCAGGGAGAAGCCGAGCGAGCCACGCUGCUGAGCCCCUUCUUCGGCACCAAGUCCCGCUAUGAAGAGCUGCACCCGUACCUUCUCCGGGACCCAUUCUCGCUCGGGCCGGCGCUCUCGGGCUUUCCGCUGCCGCCGGCCUCCUGCACCCCGCUUCAGUUGAGCGCCGUCGUGCGCCACGGCACGCGCUUCCCCACCCGCAAGCAGAUCGAGAAGCUGGCGCGCCUGCACGGCCUCCUACGGGGCGACGGCAAGCGCUGCUCAGUAGCGGAGCGCCUGGCGCGAUGGGAGAUGUGGUACCAGCCGGACAUGGACGGGAAGCUGGCCCCCAAAGGGGAGCGCGACAUGAGGAUGCUGGCCAAGCGCCUCGUCGCCCGCUUCCCCAGCCUCCUGGCCCCCGGUCGGCGCCUGGCUUUUACCAGCAGCUCCAAGCACCGUUGCGUGGAUAGCAGCGGGGCCUUCCGCGCAGGACUCCGCGAGGCGCUUUACGGGCAGCUGAGCGACGGCGAGAAAAACGUUACCUUGACAGAAACAUUUGAAAUCAAUGACAAAUUGAUGAGAUUUUUUGAUCAUUGUGAAAAAUUUGUACGAGAUGUUGAAGACAACGAUACAGCAUUAUAUGAGGUUGAUGCUUUUAAGGAAAGCCCUGAGAUGAUGAAGAUAGUGAAUAAAACCACACAUACUUUAUGUCUACCAGUGGAAGACUUAAAUGCAGAUUUGUUACAAGUGGCAUUUUUUACAUGCUCCUUUGGACUAAGUAUAAAAAACAUUAGCUCCCCCUGGUGUUCACUGUUCAACAAAGAAGAUGCCAAGGUACUUGAGUAUCUGAAUGAUCUCAAACAGUACUGGAAGAGAGCCUAUGGAUAUAAUAUCAACAGUCAGUCCAGCUGUGUACUUUUCCAGGAUAUCUUCGAAAAUUUGGACAAGGCAGUUUCAGAAAGUAAAAGAUCAAAACCUAUUUCUUCGCCAGUGAUCAUCCAAUUUGGACAUGCAGAGACUCUUCAGCCACUUCUCGCACUCAUGGGCUAUUUUAAAGACAAAGUGCCUCUUAAUGCCAGCAACUAUCACAGUCAGUCAAAACGCAAGUUCCGUAGUGGCCGUAUCGUCCCUUAUGCUGCCAAUUUGUUAUUUGUGCUUUAUCAUUGUGAUCAAGCUAGAUCUCCUAAAGAUGAGUAUAAGGUUCAGAUUCUUUUGAAUGAAAAGCUCCUGCCCUUUACCUACUCAGGGAAAACAGUUUCUUUGUACACCAAACUGAAAAACUAUUACAAAUAUUUCCUUCAGAAUUGUGAGUUUGCAGAAGUGUGCAAUAUCAAGAAAAAUGGUACUACCAUUAAUUCGUUAUAAAGAGACAUUGUAAAAAAGAUCACCAAUGUUUCAGCAUAUGCAUAUUUUAGGCAAAUCGUAAUGUUUUUGCUAUUAAGACUGGUGUAUUGCAGAUGCUGCAGUGUUUUAAAAAGUCCUUAAAUGUAUAUUUGCAAUUUCUAAAAAUGGCAUCAAACCUGAAGCCUGAAAAAAGGCAUACUUCCAAAGCUUGAAACAAACUGCUCUUUUCAUGAAAAAUAACUCUCCCUUUCCUAAAUCAGAAAUGAUUGAAAAGUAAUGACAUAGUGUUUAGCACUCAGCUUACUCCAUUGCACUGGCUGUGAUUACUGUGAUUAAUGAUGAUGAAAAAUGGCUGCUGGAAUGCUAACUUGUAAAAAAAGGUGGAUUUCAACAAGUAUUUCUUACCUUCAAUUCCAAGGUUCUUUCACAUAUUCCUGUCAAUCUCAGGGGAAUUUUGCAGCCAUGUGAAUUGUCUAAAUAUUUAUUUCUCUGUAUCACAUUUUAGAGGUUUGGCAUACAUUUGGACAGCAAAGUGGUAACUGAUCAUUCCAUGAUUCAGUCAUUUAUUUUUAAUGGUAGACUUUGUCUAGUAAUAAUGUUCAUCUUCUAGGACCAGAAAAAGAGGGCUUGUGAACUUUGGACAAAGGCCAUUUCAACUUUGGACAAAGGCCAUUCCAGUUUUGGUAUUUAACUAUUCCAACUGCCUUCUUCUGUAUUCAUAUUGAAGGUGAAGAAUUAGUGGGUUUUGUUCAGAAUCCAAAAAAGAUAAAGUCAUUCUGUACAGCAGGUGGUCUUUUCAAAACCUGAAAAAUUGCCUGAAAUUUAAUCUAUUUUGGGUGUGAAAGAGAGGGCUUAAACAAUGAGAAUGGGAGUGCGAGAUCUUUGGGAAGUAAACGUCCACCAUUCUAACUCCGAAACAUCAUUUCAAACCAAUCUCACACUUUUGAAAUGAAGGCCAUUUUGCUUCUGUAUCUCUGCAGUUCAAUCUCAUAAUUUUGGGGGGACAAAUACAAGUUAUUAAGACUGCCUGCAGUCCAAGGGCGGUUAGCUGCCAACUGCUGUUUAUAGGGUAGGUUAUAUUACAAGUUAUAAAGAUUUGUAUAACUUGUAUAUGGUGCUUUUGUGAAAUUUCUCAUUAAUCUUUAAAAGGUAUGUCUUCUCACUGUGUAAAUAAAUAUUUUUCAAACUUGACAACUUUAAAAUGAGUGGAUUUCAACGCCCAGAAUUCCCAUCCAGUAUGCUGGAUUCAUUUUAUCAAGAAGAUAUUUUUAAAUUCUUCUUUUGAAUCAUAUGUGAACAACAGAUGCUACCUUAAAAUCAUGUGUUUUAAGAAACACGGCUAUAUAUAUAUAAGAUCAGACAUCCAAAGCAAGGGGUUUCUUGUUUAAGCAUAAAUCAGAUUAGAGUUAAUUUUAAAUCAGUUUAUACAUUUUAAGAAAAGCAAUUUGAAUUAAGUGGAUUAAAUUAGAAGAUGCCUUACAAUAGACUUUGAAGAAAGGGAUUUUAAACUUGCUUUUAGUUGUAAGGUUUUUAAUGAAAGUAAUUAAAGGAAAUGAAUCUGCAAUGAUGGCUCUAUUGAUCAAGAUGGAAGGAAAGAGAAGAGGAUGACACAGCAAGGUGGAUAGACUUACAGUAGUGAUGAGUGCUCUGCUGCAAGAUUGAAAGAACCAGGUUGGAGAAAAACUUGUUUCUGUGGUUGCUAAGAACUGACAUUAACUUGAAGUCUGUUUGAGAAUAACAUUGAUCAUUAAACCUACUAGUACAAUUAAAAUCAUUAUUAUAGGCAAAA